GCCACUUUUGGCUCCCAGUCAUCCCGACUACAGGUCGGCACGGCGACUCUGUACACGGCGCCCCCUGACAUGCCCGACCUAACGCUCGUGAGACGUCGGCUCGCGGCCCGCGGCGGCGCCCGCGCCGCAUGGCGGCGCGGCGGCGGGGGCCCGCACCGCGCCGGGCAGUGCUCCUGGCGGCGGCGGUGCUCGCUGGGGGCGCCGCCGAGGGCGGCGGUGACCCUCGCCGAGAGUCCGAGGCGCAGUCCUCGCGGCGGCGCGGCCUCGCCCGCGCCGAGGCGGACUUCGAGGCCGAGUUCGGCGCCCUCGCCGCGCCGUUGCUGUGUUCGGGCUGCCGGCUCGCUGGCGCCCGGCUCGGCCUCGAGUUGGACGCCAGGAACGCGACGGGCCGCCCCGCCGACUCCGACGGCGCCACGGUGGCCGCCGUCUACCGCGAGGCCCAGGCCGCCGCCAACGCCGCCUGCAGCGGUUUCCCGGAACGCAUGGUGGUGAGGCCCGGCGCGGGCGGGCCGAUCUUCGAGGCGGAGGAGGUCGGCGCCUCCGGCGGCGCGGCCGCGGAGGGCAGCAGUGCGAGGGCCGGGCGGCUGGCGCGGCAAUUGUGCGCCACGCUGCUGGAAGAGUUCAGGGUGCAUAUACGAAGAGGAAGAAUGGGCGCACUCUAGCUAACUGCCCCGCCUCGGGCGCGGGCAUGCCCCGACUACAUCUUACACGUUCGCAUUCUCCUCCUCCUCCUCCGCCCCCCCCCCUCUCCUCCACGCUCGCAAUGUUCUCAACGGUAUGUACUGAAGACACAUACUGGUCCACAUUUCGCACUGUUGUGCGGCAGUGUUUCUGGAUAUCCGAAGCGCAGUGUGUUCGGCCAGCCACUGCACCACAUAGUGCAACCAUCGCUCACACAAGUCCUCCUGUUAUGCGGCAUUGGACCAUGUGGCGGCGUAAGGAGAAAACCUUUCCCAGCCUGUAGUAUGUCCUUCUGCGUCCCAGCUCAUGUGCUGUGCCGCCUUCUCUGCCUCUGCGCGUGCUGGACGCCCUCGGCAUGCGCCAGGGGCCCGCGCGGGGGGAGCGCAUCGGCAGGGGCGGGGACUGGUCCCGGUGGCUCUGCGACGCGGGCGGCUGGCGGGCGCGGCUGUGCGGCGCGGGCGGCGGGGAGAAGGCGGAGCUGUGAGUCAGAGGGGAAAAGGUACCCAGAAGUCGAAGAAGAAACGCCAUAAACGUAAACUGUUGCGGCAAGCCGGAGCAACGUUGCCGACUAGAGCGAAUUACGCAGGCGAUGGACAGGCAUGUGUUAAUCGUACUCGUACCCCUGCUGCCCGUGGGCUUAGGCCAGAGGGGUGCCGGCAGUGGGGAUUCAGAAGUCUCGAGCGGGC